AUGGAAAACAACUCUGAGAAAUCAGCAGUGAAUGCAGGUCAAUCUGAUGUGUAUUCAAUGUUGGCGCUGCCUCACCUUGAGAAAAAGCAAGAAAAGCUAGAGAUGUUUUGGAUAGACAAGCAGAGGGAAAUGGAGAAUGUUAUUGAUUUCAAGAGCAACCUGCUACCUUCAAUUAACCGCAUCAAGAAGAUCAUGAAGACAGACAAGGAUGUCAGAAUGAUUGCUACUGAAUCACCUGUUUUGUUGGCUAAAGCAUGUGAGUUGUUCAUUCAAGAACUAACUCUUCGUUCCUGGUUUAAAACUGAGAAAAAUCAUCGUCGUAUUUUGAAGAAGGAUGACGUCACUGAUGUGAUUAUGGAGACUGACAUUUUGGAUUUCCUUCUUGAUGAUGAUGCUGAUGUUAGUGACGGCUCCACACCACAUGUUGUUCCGUAUUAUGUUGCUGAAGGCACAAUGGGCCUACAUACUGAUAAUAUUGAUCAUCAAAUGUAA